CAACUCCAGGCAUCUGCUUUCCUGGAUGUGCGCAGGGGAGAGGGAGAAGCUAGGACACCCAUGGAAGCUUUCCCAGCAACGGGCAGGUUCAGAACGGCGUCCUGGGUCUGUCCCUAGAAAUGGGAGGCUCGUAUCUUACGUAAUGUCUAUUUGCUACUCUAGUUUCACCCCCACCCCCACGUCUUGCAGGACGCACAGUGAAGUUGUAACGGUGGAGAAAGUACCGGCUUUCCGUGUCUGCAGUCAUCCAACAGAGACCAUCGGAGUUAGGUGAAAACUUGAGCACUGGUAAAUCAGAGGGAAGAGGAAAGCAGUCCUCAGUCCUCCGUCUGUGGACAGCGGCAGCCGCGCGUAGGGUGCGGGCGGAGGGGCCCGCAAAGCAUGGACACAGCUUGAUGACGCUGCGUUCAGUGUGGGGCGGCUAUUGGGUUACGACGCUGAUAAAGGUUAAAAUCCGCUUUCAGGAAUCUUGGGGCAGUGGUUUCGCAUCCUAGGGACAUGAACAGGAGGCGCUGAGGGCUGUCACAGGGGUGUGCGACCAGAAGGGCACGGACGACGGGCAGAAGGCGCCCUCCGGAGAAUGCGCAGGCGCGGCCCCGCCUCCCGGCGCGCUCCGGGGGAACGGAAUGGGGCGUGGUCUUGAGCGCCCACAUCUACGCAUGCGCGCCCCGCCCACCGGCGCGCGCUGCAGAAAACGGGGCGGGGCGUAGUCUCGCGCUUCUGUCACUGAGCACGCGCGGCUCCGCCCGCCGGCGCGCCGGAGGCCGCUAGUGCGCUGUCUAGCUUGUUUUGCACGGUGCUCUGCUGCGCGUGACCCGUCCACCCCGCUGACCCCGCUCCGCCAUGGCGGCCUUGAGGACUCUGGUGGCGCCGAAGCUAGCGGCAGCCUCCGCGCUCGCGUCCCUCCCCGGACGCCUGCGGCUGAUCCCUUCCGACGGGCGUGCGCCCUCCCCACGCGCGGCCCUUCACGGCUCCGCGCCGCGCCCGGGGGCCAGGGUCGCGCUGGUGCUGUCCGGCUGCGGAGUCUACGACGGGACGGAGAUCCACGAGGCCUCUGCGAUCCUGGUACACCUGAGCCGUGGAGGUGCUGAGGUUCAGAUUUUUGCCCCUGAUGUCCCUCAGAUGCAUGUGAUUGACCACACCAAGGGGCAGCCUUCUGAGAAUGAGAGCAGGAAUGUUUUGGCAGAGUCAGCAAGGAUCGCUCGAGGCAAGAUCACUGAUCUGGCCCAGCUCAGUGCAACCAACCAUGAUGCCGCCAUCUUCCCUGGAGGCUUUGGAGCUGCCAAAAACCUGAGCACGUUUGCGGUGGACGGAAAAGACUGCAAGGUCAAUAAGGAUGUGGAGAGAGUCCUGAGGGAGUUCCACGGGGCUGGGAAGCCCAUCGGCUUGUGCUGCAUCGCGCCUGUCCUCGCAGCCAGAGUGCUCCGAGACAUCGAGGUCACUGUGGGUCAUGAACAGGAGGAGGGCGGCAGGUGGCCUUACGCUGGGACUACAGAGGCCAUCAAGGCCCUGGGUGCAAAGCAUUGUGUGCAGGGUGUAACCGAAGCUCACGUGGAAAAAAAUAAGGUGGUCACGACCCCGGCCUUCAUGUGUGAGACCUCACUCCACCACAUCCACGACGGGAUCGGAGCCAUGGUGAAGAAGGUGCUGGAACUCACGGGAAAGUGACAUGCUGCUGAUGGACCGUCUCCAAGCCGGGCCUCUGGCAGGACUUGCUUUUGUGUUUAGAGCUGUAGGUGUUUCCUGCUGUAUGCAGGUGGCUCAGCUUUACUCCUUUCACGUGGACAAGAGUCCACACCCCGGCUCCACUGACCCUGAGGAGCAGUGGUGACUUGCCUCACCGUGUGUCCUGAAAACUGAGAUGUAAAUCUGGUAGAGAAAUACCGUUCCAUGCUCUUAGGUUCGGUGGUUCAAGAUACUUAGGUUUUGGAAGAAAAAAAAAUUUCAAGGCUACAAGUCUGAUAAUCAGAAAACCAGAAGUACCACAUUUCUGGUUUAAAAAAUGUUCUCUGAAGUAAAUAUGUGCUAAUUAAAACAAGGGAAUUUCUGCAGCAGGCAGUCCCUUUAGCCAUGGAGAUUUAACUCCUUUCCACUGUGGGAACUUCAGACAGCUGUGUUUCAGGCCUGCUGAAACUGGCGAUGGGAGGUACAAAUAAAGCUCCUUAAACUAACCCAGGCUCUCUGAAAAGGAGCCUUCACUAAUGCAGAGGAAAUCACUAAUGCUCGGCCUCUGGAUGUGACUGUGAAGUUGACACGUAGCCAUGGGAUCUUUGUGUGGCAAAGCUUGUGUUAAAAAGGAAAAAUGCAGGAGGCUGGUGUGUGAUGGGGGGAACAUGUCUCAGCUGGAAGACUGGCUGGCUGCAUACUUCACCCAUUCCAGAGCAUUCUUUCCCUUCUGAUCCAGCAUAGGUGGGGGUAGGCAGCCCUGGGCAGGUGGAUUGCUAGAAAGUUAUCCCCUGUGGUCUAGUUUUCAGGUGCUGGCCAGAGCUAGCUUUAGGCCUGCAGGGAGGGCAACGUAGAGCCUUGUUUACUUGGAAUCUCCCCUAUUGCAGGAGGGAAACUGACCUACAGUGCCUCUGUAGGGGAGGUUGGCCCCUACUGUUCCCCACACUGGAGGAGUUUCUGGAACCUUCACAGCCCCAGUUCUUGGCAGCCUGUCUGUUGCACUGCAGCUGGGUCUCGGAAGGCCUCACAGGACCAGAGCCCACGGCACCUACCAUGCUGGCUAGGAGAGCCCUUGUCUGAGGUGGCUGCAGAGCUUGCUUAGGCUUUGGCUUCCCUGUCUUUGUAAGCACGUUUAUGGGAACUAGACACUGAAUCUCCACAGUGAACUCGUCGCAGAGCCACUGUUCACACUUGGCGUGACAGUGCCAACCCCAGGCCACAUGACAGUUCACAUGGAGGGACUCCUGCCUGCCACAGUGCAUCACCACACCUGUGCUCUGAUGGCAGGAAGCCUUUCCCCUCAUGGCUUCUCUCCUGUGCGUCCUCCCUUGGGUAAGUGCUCCCCAGGGUUGUCUACCUGGCCUGUUCCGGUGGGUGUUCCCAUAGGUCUCCUGUUUCCCCAUGCUUCACACCUCGUGGGAGCCAUGUGCAGUGGACUGUGUGUGUUUCACUUCGGUACCUGAUGUCAAGCCAUUUUCCUAAGGGUCUGUGCUCCUCGACGUUCCCUCUGGCAAUGCUUGGGUGCUCUGCUUCCUCGCCAUCUCAUUGGCACCUGAGUCCCUCAGGAUCUUUGGCCAUAAGGGUGGUGAUGGCAUCCCUGAGGUUUUUGUUGGCAUCUCCUGUGCUGGUGGCCUCUGGGUGUCCCUUUGGUAAAAUGCCUGCUUGGCCCCCUUGUCUUUCUGUUUGCUGGCUGGAGUUCCUUAUGCAGUCCAGGUGCAACUCCUCUGUUGGGUGAGAGGAUUUGUGGCUCUCCUUUGUGGAUUCUGGUAAGCAAGCACACCCCGGUUUGCUUCUGCUGAGGAAACUUCUCCCCCAUCACAAAUCCUCUGUCCUCGCUGUCCCUGGAAGCUGUGUCACAUCCCCUUCAUGUCAGACCAGCAGUCAGUUGUGAGCCCACCACUGGACUUGCCUUUCCUGGAAAUGCCACAGAGGUACCAGCUGAACACAGAGCUACAGUGGCCAAGAAACUCACUACAGGGCAGAGACAGGUGCCAUGUGGACCCCACAGCCACACCCACAUAAGGCCUCUCACUUGGCUGGGGCAUUCUUAGCCACUAUGGGAUCGUAAAGUACCCAAAAUGGAACUCAGACUCAGGAGGUGACUGGGCGCCUGAUUUCUCUCCCUCCUUCACCUUAGGUGUGCCACCACAGGGCAGGGAACCAGAGGGAGAUGAGGACUUGAAGAAGUGCUAGGGAACUGACCUGUUAGCUAGCACUUGCACGGUCCUAUGGACGCACCCUUAGGCUGCCUUUACUCUGAUGUGAAAAUAUCUGAUUCAAAGAUGCAGUACCAAGCAUCUUUUCUCCUCCCUGCUUCCCAUGGUCAUGACCACCGAUGCUCAGUGCUUCUGAGAGGCUGCACCAUGGUCUCUGCACCUGUUGAGGUAGCCCUAGCCCCUGGGAGGCUUCCUGCAACAUCCCUCCUGUGCAGACAGACUCUGCCUGCCUAGGGUCUGCAGGUGAGGCUGAGUCAGGGUGCAGGAACAUGCUGGAACCUGUGCUUUGUUAGUUUAGGUAGUUCUGGGUCAUUGGAAAGCCCAAUGAGGGGUCUGAGCCAGCAGUGCCAGCCAUGACUUGUGUGGCGGGGAGUAGUGCAUGCCAGGAGCCAUUCAGGUGAUGGGGAGACUAGCGAACAUGCCCCCAGUCCUUAUGGAGCUGGGACAGGCAUGCCAGCACACAGUCUGCUUAGUACCAGGGACUGUUAGAACAGGAUGUAAGGACAAGCUAGGAAGGAGUGGGCACUUCCAGGAAUGGGCAAGAUGGUUAGGGGAGGGGACAGAGGCCCAGUGGGGAGAGAAGCCAGCCAGAGAGUUGAUGGAUAGCCCUAAGUGGGUGAGAGGAGGUACUAGUGACUGGUGCAAGACCUAGAGGUUACUAGAUCCUAGAGAUCACUCAGCCCCAGAGAGGCUGCAGAUUUGGUGGUUUUGGGCACGACCACCAGGGGGCGCAGCAGACCUGUCUGGGGGUCACACCCCAGGCUCCUGAGCCACCUCUGGCAGCACCAUCAGGACUAGUGCUUGUCGUUUUCAGAAGCCUUCCUGGGACCCCACAUGUCCUACACCUGUGCCCUGUCUCUCUGGUCUUUUUCCAGGCACCUCCACCCAGGUCACUGGGCUCUAGGCUGAGGAUGUGCCAAGUUCUCAGCUGCUCCCUACCUGCUCCACCAUUCCCAGCUGUUUCACAACUGCCUUCCUUCCAUUUCUGCUUUCCACCCUUCCCACUUGCUCCUCCUUCCCACCGCUCGACUCCCUGCACCUGAUCCAGGUGUCCCUCUCAGCCCUUAUUCCCUGAGGAGGUCUCCUAACCUCCAGGCCAUCUUGGGCCCCUCUCCUUCCUCUUUCCCUCCUCCCUAUCUCCAGACCCCUGUCCAGUGAGGCCUCCACCUCCAACCCUUCUUGACUGUGGACUCUCCAUCCACUGGAUGCCAAGUGUGGAGCAGAGCUCCACACAUGCUCCUUCCUGCCUCCAUCUUGGGACCAUGGUAGACUGGCUCUCUGCCAUAAACUGGUUCCAGGUGCUCCACCCCUGUGCCCACUUUAGUCACCAGGCCACACCUGGACCCCUGCAGCUCCCUGUGGCCUCUCCUUCCACACCGCCUUCACCCUCCAGCCCCUAGCACUGUGUCACUGUGCUGAGAGGAUGUCUCUACUCCCUGGCCAAGCAGGUGCCCCUCUCCUGCUGCUCUCUCUUGGAUAGCUGUCACUGGCUUGUCAUCUGUCUUCCCAAUGCACAGAGAGCUGAGGGUAGUCACCAAGUUGGUUCACACAUUGUGGUCUCCCAGGCACAGGUCCACCCCCAGCCCUAAAGGUGGUGGACUCCUGACAUGAAUCAUGCUGUGUAACUGGAGGCCUAAGGCCCAUGACCAGACGUGCCUGCCCUCGAGCUGUCUCCAAGACACCCCCCACCUCCAUGCCUUCCUCAUCCUGUAUGACUUCCCAUCAUACCAAGCUGUUUGCAUUUUUCAAAAAUAGGCUUUUUUAGAGCAGUUUUGGAUUCAUAGCAAAACUUGUGGAAGGUGCAGAGAUUUCCCUGCUUCCCCUCAGUCUCCGUCAUUAUUAGUCCCCCCAGGGAGUAUGUUUGUUACAAUUGAACCCACAUUGGCACACCAUUGUCACCCAUAGGCCAUGGUUUGCGUCAGGAUUCACUCGUGUUAGACGUUCUAUGAGUUGGACAAAUGUUCAAGGACAUAGCCACCACUGCAGUGUCUUACAGAAUAGUUUUGCUGCCCUAAAAGUCCUCUCUGUACCACCUCCUCAUCCCUCACUCUCCCCCAGCCCCUAACAACCACCAGCUGUUUUGUGUCUCUGCAGUUUUGCAUUUUCCAGAAUGUUGCAUAUGUGAAAUCCUACAGUUUGCAGUCUUUUUAGAUUGGCUUCUUUCACUUACUAAUAUGAAUUUAAGGUUCUUCCGUGUAUAUUCUUAGCUUGUUAGCUCAUUCUCAGUGCUGAAUACUAUUCCAUUGUCUGGAUAUACCACUGUCCAUGCACUCAUCUACUGAAGGAUAAAGUUGCUAUAAGCAUCCGUGUGUGGGGUUUUGAGUGGACAUGGGUUUCCAACUUCUUUGGGUCAAUACAAGGAAUGCAAUGUGGUAUUUGCCUCUGUAUAUCUUCUUUGGCAGGUGUUUGUUGAGGGGUUUUGACCAUUUUAGUUGGUUGUUCAUUUUCUGAU